AUGGCCAGCACAGAGGCAGAGACACCCAGCAAGAGGAAGAGGGGUGACAACAAUGACACUGACACUUCCCCUAGUUCCGGAGGCCAAUCAUCCUCUGAAGGAAAGAGCAGAUUCUCUUUCCUCAUUGGCCACUACAGCAGAGCUGACUUCGAUGACAAGUACCAGUUGCUUUACAAGAUUAAUAAUAGAGGCUUAGGAUCAGUCUAUGCUGGUCAGAGAAAUUCAGAUUUUCAACCGGUGGCGAUCAAACACAUGCCCAAACGAAAUGAGAAAAUUGGAACAUUUGUCUUCGAUGGGCAGAAUCAUCAAAUCCCCUUGGAGGUGCUCGUCAUGACGGCAGCAGCAGGUCCAGCAGGCUUGGCGGGCAAAUCUGCAGUUGUACAGUUUUUAGAUUGGUACGAUCUAGGUGAUGAGAUUUUCCUGGUCAUGGAGAGACCGGUCCCCUGUGUCGACCUGUUUGACCACCUACAGGACAACUGUGGUCAACUGGACGAGCACAAGGCAAAGAUCAUCAUGAAGCAGCUGGUGGAGGCAGCCAUAGAGAUGCACGCCAUGAAUAUGUUCCAUCGGGACCUCAAAUUGGAGAACAUCCUGAUCCAAACCACCUCUGAUGGUCCUCGAGUGCGGAUCAUAAACUUUGGAUGUGGCUGCUAUGCAAAAGAUACCCCUUACCACUCUUUCUCUGGAACCUAUUCAUGUGCUCCUCCAGAGUUUUUUACAACAAACAGUUACGAGGCCCUCCCCACCACAGUCUGGCAGUUGGGUGUGCUGCUGUUUGAGUUGGUGGAUGGAAGCACACGAUUUAACACCUGUGCCUUCAUCCGCAGUGGGAUGAAAUUCAACAAUGAGCUGUCCCAUGAGUGCCAGGAUCUGUUGCGCAUGUGUCUGGCUGUAUAUUCUGACAAACGUGCAACACUGGAGCGGAUACGGGAGCACCCCUGGUUGUCAUGUUCCUGUGGUUUCUUUGUCUCCAUUAUCUAUUGCUACUGCAAUGGUGAGGUCCAGACAGAGAUAAAGAAAACAUGGACGCGAUGGAACCUGGCUUUUGAGUGGGAGGGCCCGGUCGUCUGCGGCCGUUACCGUUACGGGUCUGUGGUCGUCGGACUGAACAACAACAGCACCAGCAGUCAGUCCCACCUCGCCGGAGCUGGACCUUCCACACGCUCCACCACACUUGUUUCAAGCCAUGUUUAUCGGCGCGCGGGUCCCCCCGUGGUCAGCAUGCACGCCACUCUCCCAGGUUACGUGAUCAGCAACUCAGACCCGUCCAUACCUGAAGAACCUGAGGACAGCGGCCCCAAACAGGUGGACGAUAUCUCGCUGAAGGAAAAUAUGCCCGUUCUUAAUACAAGUGCAACAGCUGAGGAUGAGGAGGAAACACUGUAGCAGUUGUCUAACAUCCGUGGAGACUUUAGAGACUUGUAAUCUUUUGCAGGUGGUGCCGUGUCAACCCAUCACUGCCUCAUGUAAUUCUGAAGAGGGGAUCUGAGACCAACAAAGUUUGACUUUGUACAUGAGAAGGAAAAACCUCUAGAACUCCAUGAAAAAAAACAACCUAAAUACAAAAUACUAAGUUAUGAAUGAUUUACAAAGCAUCCACAGUGUCCGGA